CCCGCCAUGGCCCCCUUUAGUCCGCUCGUAUGCAUUGUCGGAUUCCAUCACGCGAAGGGCCCCGAAGUCGAGAGCUGGUUCGGCGUGGAGGACGGCAUCGAUCCUGCGACCGAGAAUGAAUGGCCACUGCUCCCGUUCAUGGCGCUGAGCGACGGCGCGCACGCAUCUACCGAAGACUUCUCCUACUUUACGCUGCGACACGAGGCCAAGGACAAUGUCCCCGCGACCAGCCUCUUCGGCAUCAGUUGCACGCGUCAACUAGAUUCAAACGAGCUCAUAAAUCGGCCCGCCGAAGUGACGCGGAGUACGGUGCAGAAAGCUGUUGUGGUUAUCAGCGAUAGCCCGCAUCACUUUGGACAAGUUCGGGAGAAAUUGAGCAUCAUCACGACGGCAUGGUUCUCGCAAAGAGACUUUACAGAUACAGACAUCUUGCAGAAGUUCCAGGAAAGCUUGGCUAAGAGUGCAAAGGAGCACGAUGACGAGAGGGAUCAGUAUUUUGGCCUCUCCCUUCGAGAGAUGAUCCACGAGUUCAAGCACCAGACCUUGGUGCUCUUCAAGUGCUGCUUGCUACAACCAAAGAUGUUGUUCUUUGGGUCGCAUUGCGAGCGGUUGUGCAUGAUGCAAUUCUCUCUUAUUUCUCUGAUACCCGGCCUGAUACGUAACCUUCAAGACUGCGCUGAUCCCAAGUUCAAUGCGUACGAAGAGAAUCUCGUCCGGCCAACAUCACUUAGAACCAGUGAACGGUCGUCACUCCUUGCAUACAUGGGUCUACCGUUGCAAAUAUUUGGCACAGGCAGCUUGUUUGGUCCAUAUACCCCUCUGCAACAGCUCGACAUGCUGGCCGAUCAUGGCACAAAAUCAUACAUUGUUGGAUCCACGAAUUCCCUCUUGCUCCAACAAAAGGAUCGAUACAGUGACAUUCUCAUCAAUCUCGACGAACACACCAUCAACAUCUCUUCAUCAUCGCUUCGGAAUUCGUUGGUGCUCUCAACGCCAGAUCGUCGUUUCAUAGACUUUCUCACCGCCACGGUAAACGAUACAUGGGAUGAGAAAAAUCCCAGUCGUCCAAACACACAUGGUUACUCCGGAAGCGAAGAAUUCAUUCGACUGCAAUUUGAAGAGUAUCUAUUAGCACUGCUCGCCUCUGCGAAAUACAGGGUCUACAUGCAGGAGCAUAAAGGGGACGACAAUGCCAUAUUGACUGACUAUGAAGGAGAUCCAUCUAGCGAAUUCAACUCCGAUUGGAUUGAGGCUUGGAUGCGAACUGAAAAUUACCGAAUCUUCAACAAGAUCACCGACUCGCAUCUAUUCGACAUUUCUGACGCAAAGCAUCCCUUUUCUGGUGGUCUGUCCAUCGAAGACGUACAACGACGCCUAGCACAACAAGUAGCAGAAAUGCAUCUCGAUGAGCGAAUCCAGGCCAGUCGCGAAGUUCUUGGAAAAGGGCUUGCAGUAGGUCAGAAGAAAGUGUCGUCAGCGUUCAACAAUCUCUGGGCAGAUAUAGAAACCAUGCGAGAAGCACAGCGGAAGAGGAGCGAAGAGCAACGAGCUGCAGCUGCUGAAAACGGGACAUCGCCGACAGGUACGAAAUUUCCCAAAGCCCCGGAUCUUUCACAGGCACAAGCUUCCGUUCACGCUGCCUCCUCACGUGCUAGUGCAUACAUCUCGUCGUGGGGUUCUUGGGCAUCGGAGAAGCGAAAAAAUGCAUGGGCAAAGCCGUCCAAUCCUUCUACGCCUUUAGCUUCGCCACCUCUUCAUGCGCCAGAAGACGUCAAGAUUGCAGCAACACUUGCGCAAGAGCCGGAGGAUGAGAAGUCCGCACCGACCACUGCAGGAGCAGAGUCGCGUCACGCCACCGCGACUCCAAACCCAGCGACCUGAGACCUGAGACCCUCUUUGCGAGGCCUAAUCUUACCUAAAGCCAAGAUCCCGGUCUCCAGUCGAGUCUAUGAUCGAUACCUUUAAAUAUAACGAAGUCUACGACCGAUCCACAAGAUUUCUCCUUUCUCCGACCGACUUCCUAAUACCGUUCAUACUGUUCCCGCAAUACGGAGGGCCCAGGAUAUCUGAUAGCAUUGCAUAGCGUUGGGUAAGGCGGGGAUUUGGGGUCUGUGGCGUUCAAUACAUGUAGGUACCUCGAAGGAUAACCCGUAGAUGGCUCCGUUAUAUAGCACACCACUACAGGAGAUUGUCGCUCUUGCGCUCUGGCUGUAUGACAGGGCGUCAGUGGAGUGUUUUUGGCUAAUCAAAUUCUUAUACAAUAUCGUACCUCUGUGUCGUUCCUUUUGUUAGCAAGGAAGGUAUAUGCUCACGCGCAGGGUUUAUGUCACAUCGUCACGCAUAGUGCAGAAAUUUGGUUGUGGUG